ACAAUGUAAAGGUAUAUUUAUGGUGGUAUUCUUUCGUUGAAUGAAAAAACUUUGGACUUUUUUAAAAUUUUGGACGCUGCAGAUAACCUUCAUCUUCAAGAACUAAUUGAUUAUUUACAAAAAUCUUUAAUUGAAGAUAAGCCAGAGUGGAUAGAACAAAAUUUCGGAUUAACUCAUCAAAUUAGUUCAAAAUCUAAUAAUUUAUUAGAGCUUCAAGAAUAUUGUUCAAAUAUAAUGGCUCAAUAUCCUGAAAAAAUAUUUAAUUCAUUUGAUUUUAUUUUACUUUCUGAAGAUUCUUUAGUUUCACUUAUUAAAAGAGAUGAUUUACAAAUGAAAGAAAUUGAAGUAUGGGAACAAGUAGUAAAAUGGGGACUUGCACAAAAUCCAACUCUCACUCUAGAUCCUAAAACUUGGUCAGAUAAUGAUUUCGAAACAAUGAAAAAUACUUUACAAAACUGUUUGCCUUUAAUUAGAUUUUUCAGUUUAUCAUCUAGAGAGUUCUCACAAAAAGUUCGACCAUAUCAAAAACUCUUGGAUCAACAACAAUAUGAAGAAUUAUUAAGUUCUUAUUUGGAUCCCGAUAGUGUAUUCAAUAUCAAUAUUUUACGACCAAGAAAAAUCAAGAUUAAAGAAAUUAAAAUUGAUGAUUCCCAAAUUAUUGAUUCAAAAAUUGAUGAUUCUCAAAUUAUUGAUUCAAAAAUUAACGAUUCUCAAAUUAUUGAUUCAAAAAUUGUUGAUUCAAAAACUGAUGAUUCUCAAAUUAUUGAUUCAAAAAUUGUUGAUUCUAAUAUGAGUUUAAUUGUUUUAAAAUGGAUUGAUAAAGUGGUUGUAAAUGAAAGGGAAUCGAAUUCCAAUAUUUUUUCAACUAUCUUAAAAUGGAUUGAUAAAGUGGUUACAAAUGAUAGGGAAUCGCAUUAUUAUUUACCAUAUAAAUUUAACUUAAUAUUAAGAGGAAGUCGAGACGGAUUUACUCCUGAAAAAUUUCACGAAUUAUGUGAUGGUAAACAUAAUACUGUUACUUUUAUUAAAAUAAAAGGAAAAGAAGAAAUAUUCUGUGGAUAUAAUCCUUUAAAAUGGGAAUCUACCAAUAGUUAUUAUGGUAAAACUGCUGAUAGAAAUAUGCAUAUUAAAAAUAUUAUUAGUAAAGUAAAAGAUAAAAAUUAUGCGAUAUUUUAUAAAUACGAACAUGGUCCACAAUUUGGUGGCGAUAUUGUUAUGUCUUCCUCUAAUGAAUUUAAAGAUUAUGAGAAAAUUUCUUAUCAACAAGAUGAUUAUGAAAGGAAAUUAAUAGAUUCUGAAGGUGAGUUUUCUAUGGAAGAUUAUGAAGUAUUUCAGAUAAUUAAGAAAUAAUUUCCAAAUUAUGAUUAUAUUAUAAAUUGUGAAAGUUUUAGUAUAUUAUAUACAUUACGUUAGCUAUAUUUUUUUGUAAAAUGAAUUAUUUUUAUCUUUGAUUAAAC